UAGAAUAUAUUUUCACCUGUUUUGAUCUUCUUCGAUUCGAUGUGAUCCCGCCAACGUCGAUUCUUCUUCGCCCUCCUCUCUCCGUGGGGAUAUAUAUUAUUUAUGAAGGUGCGUGAUUGAUUGAUGAUGCUUUGUGGUUCUCUGCGAGAUCGAAUACAGCCUUGGCUUCGCGACUACGUUAAGCUCCAAUCUCUCGCCGUCUUCCUCAUUUACAUCCAGAUUGGUUGCGCCCUAAUUGGAUCACUAGGAGCAUUAUACAACGGCGUCUUACUGAUCAACUUAGCGAUUGCGUUGUUCGCGCUUGUUGCAAUCGAAAGCAACAGCCAAAGCCUCGGCCGCACCUACGCCCUUCUCCUCUUCUGCGCUCUUCUCCUCGAUAUCUCUUGGUUCAUCCUCUUCACCCAAGAGAUUUGGAGCAUAUCGGUGGAGACGUAUGGAGCCUUGUACAUAUUCUCAGUGAGGCUGACCAUGGCUAUGGAGAUGAUUGGCUUCUUUGUGAGGCUAUCUUCCUCUCUCUUGUGGUUUCAGAUUUACAGGCUGGGAGCUUCUGUUGUCGACACUUGUUCUUCUUCGCUUCCCCGUGAAACGGAUUCUGAUUUGCGGAACAGCUUCUUGAAUCCACCGACUCCUGCUAUAGACAGGCGGUGUUCAGGUGCUGCUGAAGAGAUCUUGGGUGGUUCUAUCUACGACCCUGCCUACUACACCUCUCUUUUUGAAGAGGAGCCCCAAUCCAAUAUGACUUCACCAAAGGUAACACAGGUGAAUCAUUAUUCAGCUGAGUACAAUGGAUCACCAUCUGCUGCAGAAGCCUCCCGGAUUAAGUCUCCCGGAUCCAGAUCAUUGCAUGCAAUUGAUGAAGAGAAAGGGUUGAAGCAACAGGAGGGUAUGUCUUCUUCUUCGUUAUGAGCAAACUCCAUUCAAGAACGGUGGUGCUAUUUUAUCAUCUAAACAAAGAUGUGCCUGCUUCGCAUUAGCUGAGGUUAGAGGAUUCGGAGACACUAAAUAAUCUUCAAGUUAUUAUAAAGGACGAGAAGAUUAUAUACCACCUCCCAGAAGAUGAGACUCUAUAUGUUGGAGACAAGUAAGCACAGUUCCUACCUGUUUUUUUUUCAUUAUUUAUGUUGUAUGGAAAUAUUUAUUGAGGUGGGGUGUCUGUGGUUAGAAUUAGAGUCAGAAAGUACUUUGAUGCAUCAUAUGAUUUUUUUCCGGGUUUUUUUCUUUUGUGUAAAUGGAGAUGCAUUAGUUUUGGUUGCAAUGGAUAGAGAGUAUGAUGAUUCUGACA